AUGCUCUCUAUCAAGUAUAUGAUUGUAAUCUGCGUGGUGGCAGUUGCCGGCACACCCGACGAGGACGGCAAAUGGCAUCCCUAUAAAUAUGGAAACAGUGGCAAGUACAUACCAACGGACGAGGGUAAAUACAUCCACAUUCCGAAUCCCUACAUCCAUAUCGACAACCCUUACAACGGCGGCUUUGGACCAUACGCUCAUGACUACGAGCCUUAUGUUAGCGCUGCUACCGAAGAUCGUUACAGGCUGGUUAUGACACCACCGAAAGAUAUACCCUACUACAAGGAGGGAUAUUACAGGAAUAAUGGAAUCAAGAUCAUCAGUCAGAAGCAUGUGUACGAUGAGGAUAAAUACGAUUUCAACUUCGAAACGGAGAACAAGAUUCGCGCCAAGGAGAACGCCAUACUCAAGAACCCCAACACCAUUGAUGAAGGCAUCGCUUCAAAGGGAUUCUACGAGUACCUCGGCCCCGAUGGGUUCAUGUAUAGAGUCGAUUACACCGCCGACGAGAACGGCUUCCGGCCAAAGGUCAAGAGGUUGGAGACGCCGUACUCUGGGAAAUGGGUGUUAGAGAAGAUCAAC